GUCAAAGUCAAAAUAAACAUAACCUUACAAAUUGGUAUUGUUGCUCUGAUUGUUUUUACAAAGUUUAUUAUUUAGCAUAUUUUAAAUUUAUUUUAAAUUUGUAAGUUAAAAGAGAAAUAAAGCCAUGACUGUGGACAUUUUCGGGUAUAUUUAUGCCAGUGCAGUUGCUGCAGGUGGUAUAGCAGGGUAUGCUAAAGCAGGUUCAAUACCAUCUCUAGCAGCUGGUUUGGUUUUUGGAAGUACUCUAGCAUUUGGAGCCUAUCAACUUAGUCAAGAUUCGUCUAAUUAUGCGUUACAAUUGGGCGCAAGCAGUGUUUUAGGGGGCCUCAUGGGUUACAGGUUCUACAAUUCUCGUAAAAUAAUGCCGGCAGGUGUGGUUGCCCUUCUUUCGGUUCUCAAUAUUGGAAGAUUAGGACUCCACGCACUUGGAAAUCCACAUGGACACAAUUGAGAACAUUUUAUUACGUUUAGUGCUAGGUAAUUUUAAGAUUAAACUGUAUAUUUGUAAUGUAAUAGGUACAAGGUGAAAAAUAUAUAAAUGAAAAGUAAAAA